AUGACAUCGACAGAUCCCAGUGUUACUUCAUCGAACGAUGAAGGCAAAAAUUCUGAGCUUUCUAAUGAAGCUAAAGAUUCCCAAAGCCGACAGGACAUUGAGAACAAAAUUUUUGCAGCGUUUGGUGCCGAUGAAAAUGAAGCUGACGAUUCUGGAAAUCCUUCAUCCAGAAUGGAAGAAACAACAGUCGGCGAAAGGGAUGGUGAAAACAAGCUAGCUUCCACGGAGACGACUGUGGAAAGAAAGGAAGAAGGCACGGCACCCAGACGGAAAGUGAAGAAGAAACGGACUGUCAUGAAAACAGAAGACGAAGACAGUAUCCGCAGUGAAGCUGACGAACACGAUAUGAAUGAGCAUGUAACUAGUGAGAAGCAAGAAAAGAGUCGUAGAAGGCGCCGCCCUCGUUCAGAAUCCUAUCCGGACGAGGAGGGGUCUGAGGAUGGUUCCGAAUCAGAGUCUGACUAUUCUGGAGAUUCGUUCGACGGUUCUGAUGAAGAGGAAUACGAUGAUGAAGAAUACCUUAAGAAAAAGGCAAAAGCACAACAAAUAAAGGAGAAAAAACUUCUGACCAACACUCCUGGCCUAAAGGAAAUUGAGCUUGGAGAAAACUCGUUGAUCAGAUACUCGCCAACUGACCUUGCCAAAGCGAUUCGUCGAAAUACACACAUUCAGAAGUUGGUUCUGAAUGAGAAAAAUUGCGACCCUGUGAGUUUUGAGAUCUUGAUCGAAGGACUGGACAAAAAUGAAUCGAUCGUUCAGCUUGAAUUCCGUAGGGCUGAGAUUACCAAAGAUAUUGCAGUCGAACUCUACACAGCUUUGAUGAAGAACACAAAAGUCAAAAAGUUUUGCAUGAAGCGAUGCACAUUUGCGGAAUCUGGGCUUGCGGUGCUCUUCAUUGGUCUCCAACACUGCCGAUCAGUCAAACAUAUUGCUAUUGAAUCAUGCAAUCUUAGUGACCACUCUUCAAACAUUGUUGCCUCUGCCAUUCCACUGAUGCAGCUACAAUCCGUGCGCCUUCAAAACACGCAUAUGACGGACAAGGGCAUGCGAUUUUUCUUGGGUAAUCUAGCGAAAGCGACGACGUUAGAAAGCAUCAAUGUUUCGGAAGAGAAAAUCUCGGAAAAGGCUAUGGCAAAGCUUAUGUUUGGAAUCCAGAGAUGCACAAACCUCGUCCGGCUUGUUCUUUUUGAUUGUGGACUUGAUGAAAUGUCAAUCGAACUGCUGGCUGAAGCCAUUGAGGGCAACGAGAAACUUCAAUCAAUUAACCUCAGCAAGAACAAAUUUGGAAAUGAAGGAGCCGAUAUCUUGAUUGAUCUCUUAAAAUCCAAUAAUGCAAUCAAGAAUCUGAAGUGCGAUGGAUGCCGCAUCAGUAGACACGAGAAGAGACUAUUGAAGGAUGCUCUUCGUUACAACAGCACUUUCCUCAAAUCUCUCUUUUCACCAGAAGUCACAUUAUCAAUUCUCGACUCCGUCGGAUUGUUCGAACAAAAUCCAACUCAAAAGUCGUAA